CACAGCCUACAACCUUUUCAAUUGUUCCACCCACAUUGUUUCAGAUACAUUGCGCUUCUUCUAAGUAUAGACAAGCCACAAUAAACCAAGUAGAGCUGCCGGGCAAUAGAAUUUACUAACACGGUGCAGGCUUCUUUCCCCAACCUUACUCUAGCCUAUAAGGAUUACCCAUUUUAGUGCCCGGGGUAGCUGGUAAGGGUAGUUUAGACGUCGGAAACUUAUAUCUACUGUCCUUGAGGAGCUUUGAAAUAAGUUACAGUAGAUAACAAGAGCAGCAGACAUUACCGGAAACAUGGUGCUUGCAACCCUCCGUGUUGAAAAAGAUAGGAGUAAUGCGGGCCACCGCGACGGGGAUCGGGAACACUCGUUAGAUGCCCAAAGAGCACUAGAAAACGCUGGAGACGACUACAGCCGGCAGACCGUGUUGGACAUCACGUGGGGCCGCUGCGGCUGGCUGGUCACCUUCUGCGUGGGUCUGCUGGUUUCGGCGCUCAUCGUGCAGCGCUUCGAGGACCUGCUGGAGCACCACGUGCAGCUAAGUUUCUUCGUUCCGCUGAUCAUGGGUCACGGCGGCAACACCGGCAGCCAAACCGUGUCCACCCUCAUCAGGGCCCUGGCGCUCCGUCAGAUCGGGCAGCGGGACCUACUGCGCACGCUGGUUAAAGAAACCAUUGCGGGCUGCCUCAUGGGCGCGCUGCUGGGUCUGCUGAUCCUGCUGGUGUCACUGGUGUGGCCCGACCUGGGGCUGGGGGUGGGCGUCACGGUGGGGGUGGCGCUGCCGAUCAUCUCCAUGUGGGCUAACGGGGUGGGCGCCUUCCUCACCCUCAUGGCCGACAGAUUCAAGUUCGACCCCGCGGUGACCUCCGUUCCGCUAAUGACCACCAUCGUGGACGCCACCGGCCUCAUCAUCUACUUCUACAUUGCCGAGCUAUUCCUGGACAUCAGUGAUAACGCCGCUGCAGCGCACGCCGCCUCCUCCUCCACCACACGAGUAGCCACCGCCGCCGCCACCGCAGCUGCUGCUGCUGGCAGCGGCGCCGCCAAGGAGGUGGGGAAGGCGCUCAAGAAGAUGCUCAUGUCGCCGCCGCCUCCACUCAAGCGUGCAGCCGGGGGCAAGGGGCGGUAGUAGCAGGCCAGCAGCAGGGUUGAGGCAGGGGGUAGUAUAGAGACGGUGGUGGCACUUACAGCUUUGUCCUAAUAGGCAGCUAUGCUGUACCUGAUAUAACCGUGAGCUGCGAUGGACUUGGGUGACUGGAUACCGUAUGCAUUCUGGCAUGGUAGCACUGGCAAACUGGGUGGGGGUUAAGGUGUCCCGACAGACGCCUGCUGGUCAGGGUGAUGGUUGCAGCCGUACGGUUGUGUGUUAAGAAAACUGGCCGCGAGUAGGAACGUACGGUUGUGUGUGUGUGCUGUGUUUACAAAACAGGGUGGUGUUGGGUGUUACAAUGGAUGAACAUUGCUGAAUGUAAAGCUCCCGAGUCAAGCUUGGACGCGGGAAGACGCAUGACAGAUGCCAUACUUGCAGGGAUGAGGGCAGGCUGCAGGUGGGGCAGUGUGUGAGACUAGGGCAGCGUGGUGGGAGGGCAGGGAGGGAUGUGAGGUGGGGUGAGGAGGUGAGGAGCGCUCUCGUCAUCAAGUGUGCAUGGGGAGGAUUCUGGAGGAGAGAGGGUGUGAGCUGAGGCCCCGCAGCAAGAGGCUGACAUCUAUAUAGUUCUAGACAGUGUGAGCUCUAAACAAUGUGCCUAGUAGUGCGCGGAGGGGUGGUAGACAGGAAACCAACUACGAUGGAAAGCAAGUAUGCGGGGAAGGGUGGGUGCUGUCCGUGGCUGAUGAGGCUUGAUACGAUGGAUGUGUGACGAUUCACGGGGGGCGAUGGAUAUGUGACUGUGGCAUGUGUGGUGUUUUGACUCUUACGCUGCUGUGUACAUGACUGUGCUGCACUGCUUGCAUCAUGACUUCACGAGCACUGCUGUGUUUGUCAUGAGUGAUGAGGGUGCCGAUGGCUGGUGCUUGGGUGGCAUGUGAGGAGUGGGGGGGGGUGCCCUAGACCGGCAAAGUAGGUCGGGCGCUUGGCAGGGACGGGAAGGGGGACAUGGGUGAGCAGCCAACGGUAAUACGUAAGUCUGCUGCAUUAGGAAAUGUUUACUGUUUUGGACUUGCCUCGCUGUCGCGUAUAUGGGCAUGUUACUUGGGACCAAAGCACAGGACUGCCGUUUACGACAGGACACGAUUCCUGGCUAAGCAUUGCUGUUAUUAUUCCUGACAGACUAGAUAGCCGGCAGUAAGGUGCUUGAGGAUGCUUUAUGGGCUAGGUGGUUAACCUUUGUGGGGUUUUGACAGUGGAGUGCGGGG